UGGUGUAUGAAUUGGAAUGAUUAAACGUUAGUCAUGCAAACAAGCUAAAAGUCGCCGCCAAAGUCGGCACCGCCACCUCCUCCGCCGUAGUCUCCACCGCCGUAAUCGCCACCGCCGUAGUUGCCACCGUAAUCGCCAUGGUUGUGAUGGCCAUCGGCCAAAGCCUCACCGAUGAGGACACCACCGACAAUCCCUGCCGUGGCACCAAUGGCGGCACCGGCCGCCAUGUUGCCACCUCCGUAUCCGUAGCCGCCACCAUAGCCGCCACCGUAGCCAUAAGGCUGCUGGACGACCACUGGCGGCUGGGAUACGUACGCGACGCCGCCCGAUGGAACGUAGACAGGCUCGGCUUCGACCACCCUGCCGCAGCAGCAGCGCCAGAUGACCAAGGUGAGCGCGAUGGCCCCGAUGCCGACUAAAAUCCAUACCCAGAACGGCGUUCCGGACGACGGCUUGGAGAUGGGAGUUGGGUCCGAGUCACACCCGCACGAUGCAGCGUUGAUUGGAAUCACACAACGUGCUGCUGGAGGGCAGCAGCACGCUUGUUUGACGCCGCCGCUGAGCCAUGGGCCACAAUAUUUGCCUGGAAGGCCCUUGAACGCGUCGCCGCACUGGGAGGGGUCGUUGGCGCAGCGCUGGCAUGCAGACGUGCCGGGGAACGGUGUCAUGGCCGGCGUCGUCUGUGCCGAUACGGAGAGCGAGCACAGGGUGAAGCACAGGGCUGCCACGAACAGCAUGAUGCGUCGGUAUUCCCCCAUUCCGUCGGGUUGAUCUUGUUGGUUGCGAGAAUUUGG